GCGCACAUUUUCAUACCUCUAUGGAUUACGUACUGUAAGCAACGAAGCUAAAGUGCGAGCGAGCUCAGGGACUUAACUCUGAGGAAGAGGAAAAAGGAGGAGGAGAGUGAUAAUGGUGGGUUUUGGCGGGAAGAAGGUGGGCCAGGUGAUGACUGGACUUGGCGGUAACGGUGUAGGCCGGGUUCUGGUCGCGGUUGCGGCUGCCCUCCUGCUCCGCCUGUUUUCAGGCCCCGGUCCUGCUCUCUUGCCGGAUACCGAGCCAGAAGACCGCGAAGACAACGAAGAGUUCGACGGAGAUGGAGAUGCUGGUGAAGCUGCGGUCCUAGGAAAAGUUUUACCGGUGACAAUUCGGUGGCGGAACAUCACCUGCUCCCUCUCCGAUAAAUCCUCCACGUUGGUUCGAUUUCUACUACAAAACGUGAGUGGAGAGGCAAAACCAGGAAGACUGUUGGCGAUAAUGGGGCCAUCAGGGUCAGGAAAAACAACUUUGCUCAACGUUCUGUCCGGUCAGCUGACAGCUUCGCCUCGGGUGCAUUUAUCAGGCCUUCUGGAGGUCAAUGGAAAGCCUAGUUCAAACAAAGCUUAUAAGUUUGCUUAUGUAAGACAGGAGGAUCUUUUUUUCUCGCAGCUAACUGUGCGGGAAACACUUUCUCUUGCUGCUGAGCUUCAGCUUCCUGAAAUAUCAUCUGUGGAAGAGAGAGAUGAAUAUGUGAACAACCUCCUAUUCAAAUUAGGCUUGGUCAAUUGUGCUGAUUCCCGUGUUGGUGAUGCAAAAGUUCGUGGAAUCAGUGGGGGUGAAAAGAAACGCUUAUCUCUGGCUUGUGAACUGAUUGCAAGUCCAUCAGUCAUAUUUGCUGAUGAACCGACAACUGGUCUUGAUGCUUUCCAGGCAGAGAAAGUGAUGGAAACUCUUCGACAACUAGCGCUAGAUGGACAUACUGUAAUCUGCUCCAUUCAUCAGCCUAGGGGGUCUGUGUAUGGUAAAUUUGACGACAUUGUGUUGCUAACAGAUGGUGCUCUUGUUUAUGCUGGUCCUGCACAUGAAGAACCACUGAAAUACUUCUCUAAAUUUGGGCACCAUUGUCCAGAUCAUGUUAAUCCUGCUGAAUUCCUAGCCGAUCUCAUAUCCAUUGACUACAGUUCUGCUGAGGGUGUCUCUUCUUCUCAGAAAAGGAUAGAUGGUCUUGUUGAGUCAUUCUCACAACAAUCAUCAACAAUUCUUUAUGCUACACCAAUCACCAAAUGGGAAAUCUCCAAAAGCAGCCCAAAGUUCAGCAAGAAAAUUGUAAUCAAGAGGAAGGGAGGUUGGUUGAGGCAGUUCUGGUUGCUUCUUAAGCGUGCAUGGAUGCAGGCUUCUCGUGAUGGACCGACAAAUAAAGUGCGGGCAAGAAUGUCAAUUGCAUCAGCAAUCAUAUUUGGAUCAGUUUUCUGGAGAAUGUCAAGAUCUCAGACAUCGAUACAAGACAGAAUGGGAUUGCUUCAGGUUACAGCAAUAAACACUGCGAUGGCUGCUCUUACAAAGACUGUGGGCGUCUUUCCCAAGGAACGUGCAAUAGUAGAGAGAGAGCGUGCAAAGGGAUCUUACAAGUUAGGACCCUAUUUGCUUUCUAAAUUGUUGGCUGAGAUUCCUGUUGGAGCUGCAUUUCCUUUGAUAUUUGGUGCUGUUUUGUAUCCCAUGGCUCGUCUUCAUCCAGGGUUGGCCAGGUUUGGGAAGUUUUGUGGAAUCGUGACUGUGGAAUCGUUUGCUGCAUCUGCCAUGGGUCUCACGGUUGGGGCAAUGGUCCCAACCACUGAAGCAGCUAUGGCAGUUGGGCCAUCUCUUAUGACGGUUUUUCUUGUGUUUGGAGGUUAUUAUGUCAAUGCUGACAACACACCAAUAAUAUUUCGUUGGAUUCCUCGCGUUUCUCUUAUAAGAUGGGCCUUUCAAGGGCUUUGCAUCAAUGAGUUUAGUGGCCUUCAGUUUGACCAUCAGAAUUCUUUUGAUAUUCAAAGUGGAGAACAGGCACUGGAGCGGCUCUCCUUUGGAGGUAGUAGCAUUAAGGAGACAGUUAUCGCUCAGAGUAGGAUACUCUUAUUUUGGUAUUGCACCACUUACCUUCUCCUCGAGAAAAACAGGCCUAAAUACCAGCGGCUUGAACUGCCCCCUCCUGACCAAAUCCAACCAGAGCCACAGCUCGAGCCUCUUGAUACCGAGCUAGUCCAAAAAAACAGCCCACUCGAACCUUCUUUGCUCAAACAGGUCGAAUCAAACCCGAAGCUUGAAUCACCUUCAAUUGACCAAGUCCGACCAUUUAUCCUAGAAGGUGCUAAAUAAAGAAGAUGUCUUUGCAAUAAAGGAGAGCCUCGUGAAUUUCAUGAGCUAAUGACCUGUUUUAUAGUACUUUUGGAAACAUUCAUGUCUUGAUUGUGGAUGCUUUCUCAUUGGCUUGGGAAGUUCUUCUAGAAUGAAUGGUACAUGUAAAGGCUCAUAAUUCCAAUCUUAACGUCUCGCCCUAAGCAUUACGGCCGAGAGGAAAAGGUACUUAAAACUAUUGGCCAUCGGUAUUCAGGACCUAAUGUAGGUUUUAUAUGCUUC